AUGGCCUGGACGGCGCAGGGGGCACCGCUGCGCCGCGGCAUGGUGUGGGCGCGUACGCUAGCGACGCGCGCGGCAAAGCCGCUAAGACAACUCGAGAGGCUGCAGAGCCUUGUACAGCAAGUAUCGCGCACGAACGGCGUAGGCGAAAAACGCGCCAUCCUCGCGUCGUUUGCCGAUCUCGCCCCGAUUCUCGAGCGGCUGUAUUUGCGCACGAUGCGGUUCCACGUAACGUCGGGUGCACUGAGAAAGUACAUGAUGCGGGAGGACAAGGCGCAGACGCUUUCUGUCCCCGUCCCGCCCACGCUCGAGGGUCUGCUGGACCAGCUCGCUGCACGGACCGUGUCCGGCCACGACGCCAAGGACUUGAUCUGUGCAUUCCUCAAGAGGCACGGGAUAAUGGCGCAUCACGAUAAAGAGACGCAGCGUGCGCCGACGUCGACGUCGCUCACCGUCCUGGACAUCUUCUUUCGGUGCCUCGACCGGAAUCUCCAAGCAGGCAUUUCGCAGGCGACGCUACGCUCUGUGAUGCAUGCGGACGAAUCGCAAGGAGCGGUGCAGCGCUUCUUGGCGGCGUUGAAUUCUUCCGGAAACGUGUCCUCCUUCCCGAUGGAAAUGGCACUUGCACAUAUAGGCUCGCCGGCCAAGGUCGUGAAGCGCAUGCAGCGCUCGGCAUGGUACGCCUCGCGCAAGGUGGACGGCGUGCGAUGCGUAACGGUCGUUUCGAUAAACGCCAAAUCCAAGCGUAUCACCGACGUCUAUACGCUCUCCCGCAGUGGGCGGCCGCUCGAGGCCUUGGCGCCGUUCCGUGCGCAGCUAGCCGAGGACCUGGGCGCGUAUCCCCGCCUUGCGCGCCUGGCGGGCGCCCCCGAUGCGAACGGGCGUGCCCACCUUGUGCUUGACGGCGAACUGUGUGCACUGCAGCCCGCCGGCGACGACGGGCGUACGACGUCCUAUGUCGAGGACUUUGCGCAUACUCUCUCGGUCGUCCGGCGGCAGACGCCCAGCACGACGCCGAUCAUCUACUUUCCUUUCGAUUGCAUGCCCCUCGAGGCGUUUGUGUGCUGGCGCACGGCGCUGGAAAGAGGCACCGCCCCCCCUUUUUCCGAGCGCUAUGCAUCGCUCGAAGCGCUCGUCGCAUGGAGUCUCGCCGAGCGCCCCGCGACGUGCCUGCGGCGCCUGGAACAGUGGCGCGUGCGCGACGCCGCGUCGCUCGAUGCGCUCGUCGACCGUGCGGCGCAUGCGCAGUGGGAAGGACUCAUGCUGCGUGAAGACAUUGGCUACGAAGGGCGGCGGACGCAGUCGCUACUCAAACUGCGUCCGACGCAAGAGGCCGAGUACGUCGUCCAGGACGUCGUCCUGGCCUCGAUGCGUCUCCCGAUCAACGGGAAGUAUGCCGUGUACGAAGCCGUAUCGCACAUUGUGAUCGAUCAUGAAGGCGUCCCCGUCUCGGUCGGCUCGGGCUUUUCUGCCGAGGAGCGGCUGCGGUACGCACAGCACCCCGACGCGCUGCGCGGCAAGACUGUGACGGUUGCAUACUUUCAAGAGCACGCUCUCUGCGAUUCCCCGUCGUGA